AUGAAGGGUGUUGUCAUAUCAGUUUUUGUUGUGCUUGCCAUGGCGCAAUUCAUGGUGAAUCCAGGACAGGCAGCUGUGAGUUGUGAUCAAGUCAAUGAAUGUUUAGCUUCCUGCAUUCUUUACCUUACUUCAAGGGCUGGUAAUCUUACUGUUAAGUGCUGUGGUGGUGUUGGAAAACUCCAGAAAAUAGCUGAAACUACCGCUAACAAGCAAGCAACCUGCAAUUGUGUUAAGCAAGCUGUUGCUCGCAUCCCCACUAUUAAAAAAGAUGCAACAUUGUCUCUCCUUACUAAGUGCAAUGUCCAAAUUAAUUUCCCAAUAGCCAAGAACACCAAUUGCCAAGAAUAUGGUGCAAUUGCAAUGUGUGUAUCAGCUUAUUGCAGGAAUAAAGUUGAGGUUGAUGAUGGAAAUUUCCGUUGUUGA